CAUCGAAAGCUCAGCCAAACAGCUGAUCAUAGCUGUACAGGGCCGGUUUUUAUUUCUCAUCUCCAUAAAUAUAUCUAGUAGUAGAGCUAAAUGGCGUAAAUGUCCCGCAGGCCGGCAGUUUGAGAGGACUGAUUUAAAGGGACACACAAAAUUGAGCAUUUUGCUCACCCUUAAAAAGUGACAAAUUUAACAUGCUGUAAAAAAUUAUCUGUAUGGUAUUUUGAACUAAAACUUCACAUACACACUCUGGGGACAUCAGAGAUUUAUUUUACAUCUUGUAAAAGUGGCAUUAUAUGACCCCUUUAAGAAGUCAUAAUUUAGAUAAAGUGAAAUUGAAUAAAAUGAGAGAAAGUUGCAGUUAUUUAUUGGUUUAGUAAGUGAAACAAAUUAAAAAAAAAAAGAAAAAGAAAAAAAAAAUGUUUCUUUUUUAAUUUUUGCAUUUGCAUUGGUAUGGUCUAAAACCUGUAAAGCAUUACACAGACUGAGGUAUUGUGGAUCUCUAGGGCAUGAACAAAGAAAUACUGCAAUAAAACAUUUGUCUGUGCAAAAUAUUGUUUGAAAUAUAGCUAAAAAUGAUACAAAUGUCUUCGAAUAAAUAAGCCAGCUCAUGUGACUUUCCAUGAAAUCUGCUUAAAUAAUUUUGAGAAAACAACUUUUAUAUUUCCACCGUUCCACCAGUCUGUAUUAUAUUUUCAGUGAGGUUUGUUAGAUAAAAAAAAAAAAAAAAAAAUCACCACAUGAUUACAUACAUUUGUUCAUUAUGUGCUCUUGAUGAGCCUAACAAACACUAUAUAAACAAACGCAUCAUCAUCAGAAGAGUAAGGGAGGGCCCAGAGUCUCUGUGAUGCUUGUCUUUGGGUUCUUGCUGCUCUGCAGCAUUAAAACAAAGGGGGAAAAGGCUAACUGUAGAAUUAUAGGGCAACCAGAGUACCCCCUGCUUUCCAAGGAUGGAGACAUUAUCAUUGGAGGAGCUUUUUCAAUUCACAGCAAAAUAAAUUUGGAAAUGCCAUCAUUUACAGAAAAACCUCAUCGUCUAUUGUGCACCAGCCUUAAUUUGAGAGAAUUCCGCUUUGCUCAGACCAUGAUCUUUGCCAUUGAGGAAAUUAACAGCAAACAGACGUUACUCCCAAACAUUUUGAUUGGAUACCAAAUAUUUGACAGCUGUGGUUCCACAUUAGCCUCUAUGAGGUCAUCAGUGGCUCUGAUAAAUGGUCAGGAGUUGACAGCAGAACACACCUGCCCUGGAAAAACAUCAGUUAAAGCUAUUAUUGGAGAAUCUGAGUCUUCCUCAACCAUUGUACUGUCCAGAGCAACAGGGCCCUUCAAGAUUCCUGUGAUUAGCCAUUUUGCUACCUGUGCCUGCCUGAGCAACAGAAAGCAGUUUCCUUCUUUCUUCAGGACUAUUCCUAGUGAUUACUACCAGAGCAGAGCACUGGCCCAGCUAGUCAAACACUUCGGCUGGACAUGGGUUGGAGCAGUGAGAAGUGAUAAUGAGUAUGGAAACAAUGGCAUGGCAACCUUUGUAGAAGAAGCUGAGCGAGAAGGAGUAUGCAUUGAGUAUUCAGAGGCCAUAUCAAGGACAAAUUCCAAAGAGAAGACUGCUAAGGUUGUUGAAGCAAUAAAAAGGGGCACUGCUAAAGUUCUUGUGGCAUUUCUGGCACAGGGUGAAAUGGAUGUGUUACUGGAAGAAAUUAUCAGGCAAAAUGUAACUGGGCUACAGUGGGUAGGCAGUGAAUCCUGGAUAACAGCGAGAUACUUGGCAACAGAGAGAGUUUCAAAAGUUCUUGCUGGAGCAGUUGGCUUUGCAAUUAGCAAGUCAAAAAUCCCAGGCCUGAAAGAAUUUCUGCUUAAGGUUAAUCCAUCUCAGAACCCUUCAAAUGCUCUUCUGAAGGAAUUUUGGGAGAUGACAUUUGGAUGCCGUCUCUCUUCAACAAUCAGUUCUGAAGUGGAGUAUGAAAAGUUUUGUGAUGGAUCUGAAAAUCUGAGUAAUGUGAGUAAUGCAUUCACAGAUGUAUCUGAACUAAGGAUUUCAAAUAAUGUAUAUAAGGCAGUCUACGCUAUAGCUUAUGCACUUCAUAACACAAUCGCUUGCAAAACCUCAGACAGUUCACUUGAAAACAUAACAUGUGGAAAUAAGGAUUUAAUUGUUUCCAGCCAAGUACUGCAGUCCCUUCAAAAUGUGAAUUUCACAAUGGCCUCAGGUCAGAAAGUAUACUUUGACAAAAAUGGAGACCCUACGGCAAGAUAUGAGCUAAUAAACUGGCAGAAAAAUGGAGCAGGGGAAACAAAUUUUAUCACUGUAGGACACUAUGAUGCCUCACUACCCAGUGAACAGCAGUUUGUCAUGAAUUCUAUCAAUAUAAUUUGGGAAGGAGACAGUUACCUGAAACCAAGCUCACUGUGCAGUGAGAGAUGCCAGCCAGGUUUCAGACAAGCUGUGAUUAAAGGGAGACCAGUGUGCUGCUUUGAAUGUUUGCGGUGCCCUUCUGGAGAAAUCAGCAACACUACUGAUUCUGCUGAAUGCAUCAAAUGUCCUUUAGAGUACUGGUCAAACGAAAACCACAGUAUGUGUGUUCUCAAGAAGGUGGAGUUCCUUUCAUUCGAGGAAAACAUGGGGAUACUUUUGUCUGCAUUCUCAUUAACCGGGGUGUCUUUAACAAUUGCAGUUGCACUGGUGUUUUACAACUUCAUAGAUACACCUCUUGUGAAGGCCAGCAAUGCAGAGCUGAGCUUCCUGCUUCUCUUCUCAUUGUCUCUGUGUUUUCUCUGUUCACUUACUUUUAUCGGUCAACCUACUGAGUGGUCCUGUAUGUUGCGUCACACAGCAUUCGGGAUCACUUUUGCCCUUUGUACGUCUUGUGUUCUGGCAAGGACAAUAGCAGUGGUAAUGGCCUUCAAGGCCACAGUGCCUGGAUCAAGUGUCCCUCAGUGUUCAUUGCCUUUACAAAGAAUUAGUGUUUUCUGUUGUACUCUUUUUCAGGUAAUAAUAUGUACCCUGUGGCUGGUAUUAGCCCCUCCAAUGCCAUAUAAAAAUAUUACUCAUUCAUUAGAUAAAAUAAUACUUGAAUGUGAUCUAGGCUCAGCUAUAGGUUUCUGGGCUGUACUGGUUUAUAUAGGGUUGCUCUCUGUCCUAUGUUUCAUUUUGGCUUUUCUGGCUCAAAAGCUGCCAGAUAACUUCAAUGAAGCCAAAUACAUCACAUUCAGUAUGCUCAUAUUUUGUGCUGUUUGGAUCGCGUUUAUCCCAGCUUAUGUCAGUUCUCCUGGAAAAUUCACUGUAGCUGUGGAGAUAUUUGCCAUCUUAGCUUCUAGUUUUGGUUUGUUAUUUUGUAUAUUUACACCAAAGUGCUACAUUAUCUUACUGAAGCCAGAGCAAAACACAAGGAAACAUAUCAUGGGCAAAACCCAUAAUAAAUCACAAUAAAUGUAUUAUCCACUUUCAAAGCAAUUUACACUAGAACCAUGUAAUUUAACUUUAAAUACAAAUGUAAGUUCACACUUUAUUAAUUCAAAUAAAAAACUUCUAAUAUAACACCUAUAAUACCCCCCCCCCCCC